AUGUUGUUCAAAAAUAUUUUAUUUAUUUUUUUAAUUUUAUUUUUUAUUCAAAAAUGUUUUGCAACAUUUUCGUCGUCAUUUCGAGAGUUUUUAAAAAGUUAUGGAGGAGAACAACUCGAUAGGGAACUUUCACGUGAAGAUGUUGGAGCUGGGGGAAGUUUUGGUGGUGGAAAUCAUAAAGUUGGGGAACAGACAAGGCACGAAAUUUUAUUACUUCGUCCGGUAAUUAUAGUUCAUGGCAUAACAAACAGCGCUGGACAAUUUGAACAAAUUAGACAAUAUUUUUUGACUCAUGGUUAUGGAGAUGAAGAAGUUUAUGCAACAACAUAUGGAGAUGCUGGGAAAACAAAUGUUUUGUUUGUAACAAUGCAGUGCCAUUAUGUUAAAAUGAUUCGUUUAAUGAUACAAACAGUUGCUCAAUAUACCACAAGUAAGGUUAACAUAAUUGGAAUUUCUAUGGGAUCUCCAAUUGCAAGAAAAGCAAUAAUGGGAGGCAAUUGUGUAGAUACCAACGAUCAUUUAGGGCCCCCAUUAACUGAUUUAAUACACACUUUUGUUGGAGUAGCCGGCGCUAAUUGGGGUUCAUUUCUUUGUAUUAUUCCCAUUGGAAGUUGUAAUUUAAUUAAUGGAAUGGCUUGUGGCUCGAAAUUUUUGAAUGAUAUUAAUUCGAGACAAAGAUAUGAGGGCAAUUUUAUUUUUACAAUAUUUUCAACGGGUGAUGAGAAAGUGGGUUACCAAGCUUGUGGACGUGUAGCCAGCAGUAUUGCUGGGGAAAAUCAAAACUUUAAGCACGACGGUUUAAAUCAUGAUCAGGUGAUAUUCAAUACGGCUGCAAUGCAAUACAAUUUAGUUACUUAUGGACAACCUCAGAAUCCUUAA